AUGGUCGAUGAUCAACCUACCAUCGACGAAGUUCUGCAACAGUUUCACCUUUGGAUGAAGGAUGAAGGCAUGCUAAACUCUCGGACAGCCUUUGUCACAUGCGGAGAUUGGGAUCUCGGUGUAAUGCUACCAUCAGAAGCAAAGAAUAAGGGAUUCGAGGUUCCUCCGUAUGUGCAUUUCAUAUUUGAACCAAUGGAUCAAUGUAAAGAAGUCCUAUUGCGACCACACAGGGACAUUUGCAAAAGGUCUGAGGGACUUACUCAAUGUUUACGGUCUACAGCAUGCGGGUCGCCUCCACAGUGGAAUUGA